AAUUGCAUCCAAUAAGUACGAUUUGUGUAUCAAUUAAAGGGUUAAUAUGAGAGAAGUUAUUUCAAUUCACGUUGGUCAAGCAGGAACACAAAUAGGAAAUGCAUGUUGGGAGCUUUAUUGUCUUGAACAUGGAAUUGAGCCGGAUGGACGAUUAUCGCCAGAAAAAACCACAAAACCCUUAGAUGAUGGGUUUAGCACGUUUUUUUCAGAGACAGGAAGCGGGAAAUAUGUUCCGCGUAGCAUCUAUGUUGACCUUGAACCCAAUGUAAUUGAUCAGGUUCGGACGGGAACAUAUCGACACCUUUUUCAUCCAGAACAAUUAAUUACGGGGAAGGAAGAUGCGGCAAAUAAUUAUGCACGAGGUCAUUAUACAGUUGGAAAAGAGCUUAUUGAUCAUGUUCUUGAUCGUAUCCGAAGAGUAGCUGAUAAUUGUACUGGUCUUCAAGGAUUUCUUGUAUUUCAUUCUUUUGGCGGUGGUACGGGUUCUGGAUUUGGAGCGUUACUUUUGGAACGUCUUUCUGUUGAUUAUGGGAAGAAGUCGAAACUUGAAUUUUCGGUAUAUCCUGCUCCUCAAGUCUCAACUUCUGUGGUAGAGCCGUAUAAUUCUAUCCUAACUACUCAUACAACUCUUGAGCAUUCUGAUUGCUCAUUCAUGGUUGACAAUGAGGCCAUAUAUGAUAUUUGUCGUCGAAAUCUUGAUAUUGAACGUCCAGGAUAUGAAAAUUUAAACAGAUUGAUUGCACAAGUUGUCAGUAGCAUUACGGCAAGUUUGAGGUUUGAUGGUAGUUUGAAUGUUGAUUUGAAUGAAUUUCAAACAAAUUUGGUUCCAUAUCCAAGAAUUCAUUUUCCAUUAGUUACUUAUGCGCCACUUAUUUCUGCAGCUAAAGCGCAUCACGAAGCUAACUCAGUUGCUGAAAUAACUAAUGCAUGUUUCGAACCAAAUAAUCAAAUGGUUAAAUGUGAUCCUCGUAAUGGAAAAUAUAUGGCAACAUGUCUUCUGUAUCGAGGUGAUAUUGUAACAAAGGAUGUUAAUUGCGCCGUUUCUUCUAUUCGAACAAAGCGUACUAUUCAAUUUGUAGAUUGGUGUCCAACAGGUUUUAAACUUGGUGUUUGCUAUCAACCACCUCAAUAUGUACCUAACGGUGAUCUUGCCAAGGUCAACAGAGCAGUAUGUAUGUUAAGUAAUACAACAUCUAUUGCGGAAGCGUGGAGCCGUCUUGAUCAUAAGUUUGAUCUUAUGUAUAGUAAAAGAGCAUUUGUUCAUUGGUACGUUGGUGAAGGUAUGGAGGAAGGUGAAUUUAGUGAAGCACGUGAAGAUCUUGCUGCUUUAGAAAAAGAUUAUGAAGAGGUUGGUCAGGAUUCUAUUGAAGGCGAAAUUAUGGAGGAAGAAUAUUAA